GCAGCCGGAUAUACAUGCUUCAAUUAACCUGAAUUUACCCUGUAGAUUCGCAGCAGCCGUCAUUUGGACUAAUGGACUUAUCUUCAUGGCGCUCUCUCAGCGUUUAUAUAUACCCAUGUCCCCCCUCACUAAAUCGCUCAUGCUCAUAUCUGCUGAUGGUACUACAAUUUAUGCAGACGCGUCGGGAGAUCCCUCCAGACCUGCAAUUGUAUUCAUUCACGGAGUUUCGCUCAGUUCCGUUGUAUGGAAUGACAUAUUUAAUGAUACCAAGUGGACCGACCUGUUCUAUCUGGUGAGAUAUGAUACUCGUGGUCAUGGCAGAAGUGGAAUGCCCACUUCUCCAUCUGCAUGGGAGUCUAAGCGUCUUGCGGAGGACUUUGAUGCCGUUGUAGAAGGAUUCAGUUUAAGCAAACCUUUUGUAUUAGGAUGGAGUCUAGGAGCCACUCACAUCGUAGACAUCCUCUCGCAUCACCCCGGAAAUGAAGAGUACCUAUCUGGAGCUAUUCAUCUCACCGGAGUGCCUUUCAUGGGUCCUGGAAUCAGCAAGGCUGGAACACAAUUCGCACUCGGCUGCCUGCCUUCCCUGAAUCAGACAGAUGAUGUAGAGAAAUUCCAAGAUGCAUCUCGGAGAUUUGUCAAGGGGUGUUCCAAAUAUGCUUCGUUCGAACUCCAAUCCCUCUGUUUGGGAAAUUUCGUUACCCAGCCUCGAGCUAUAACCAAUUUCGUAUGCACCCGUGAGCAAGAUGCAACCGAGUUCUUCAAAGCUGGGGAGAACGGAUUCUUACCGCUCUUAGCGAUAGCUUGUACAGAUGAUCUGAUAGUAGAUGGGAGGUCAGCGGCCAGGGCCUUGGGGCCUUGGAAGAAUCUCAAGAUUGUCGAUAUUGAAGGAGCCGACCAUAUGCCCUGGUUAUCGCAUUCGGAAGCGUUGCGAAACUUAAUUGCCGACUGGGUGAAAGGGGUUCUGUCUUCCUAAUUUCUCAUUCAUCGGGACUUUUUAAUACUAUUUAGAUACCGCCUAUAGAUCUGUAUGGUUUCUUGUGUACUCGCAUGGAUCGUACUUGCCGCGGCCCGACGGCCCGAUGAAGCCUUAUGGACUCUUUGUUUGGAUAU